AUGUCCCGACCCUCUCAUGUAAAGCUCGGAGUCUUCUUCAAGGAGGAGGAGGAAGUGAACGACUUCACGGUGAUCCGCAAGAAGUUCAAGUGCCCCUACUGCAGUUUCUCCGCCAUGCACCAGUGCAUUUUGAAGAGGCACAUGCGCUCCCACACCGGUGAGAGGCCCUACCCGUGUGAGAUCUGUGGCAAGAAGUUCACCCGGAGGGAGCACAUGAAGAGGCAUACGCUGGUCCACAGUAAAGACAAGAAGUACGUGUGUAAGGUCUGCAGCCGAGUCUUCAUGUCAGCGGCCAGCGUGGGAAUCAAACACGGCUCCCGACGCCACGGCGUCUGCGCCGACUGCUCCGGCCGGGGCAUGGCUGCGCUGCUGGACCACAACGGAGAGGCGGGCGGCGACAUCUCUCCGGAGGAGGAGCUGUACUCUGGCGACCACCGUUUCCACGACGACCAGGCUGAGUGCGACGGCGAUGGGGAGGAGGAGAUGAUGACAGAGGGCGACAGCGAGCUGAUCGGAGACGGGGAGGAGGAGACAGGGAAGUGGAAGGACUCAGGGAUGAUAGCCAACCGGGACAGGGCGCUGGACAAUGAGAAGGAAGAGAGCGACUCCUCCGUACAGGAGGGGGAGCAGCAGAACGGGAGUGAGAAGGACUUCGCCUGGAUCUCCUAGAAUCCGCCGGGCUCCUCGGUGGCUCCCUGACCGAUCUCAGAGGAUCUCUCGCGAUCUCUGGGGCAGAACCCUCUGCUCUCUUUACCCAUUUGUCCCACCGUGGUCAGGCCUUCCGCUGAAUGGGAACGGUGUGGAGCGAUGCGCAACAAUGAUCUAAAAACCAUGAUGGGCGACACAAUCACAUGUGUGCGCACGCACACACACACACACACACAUGCACACACACACACACAUGCACACACAGACAAAUAUGCUCCUACAGGCGUACAUACAAACACGCAGGCGAAACCACACAGCUUAUUCUCCCACCAGCUUCGAGCUGUUGACACGACUGCCAUAGUAGAAAGAGAGUGAUGAUGGCUGAAGCGAAAGGCUUUUUUUCUGCUUACCUCCUUUACUUCUGAUGCAGUGUUCUUUGUGUUUGAUGGUUUUGGUUUCUGUUUAAUUGUUUCUUUGUGAGGGGUCGGGCCAGAAUCCUGUAGUUUUAUACUUAACAGGAAUCGACGGGGACCCUGCUGAGGACCUGGCCAACGCCAUACCGCAAUUUUGUGCGUUCGGCAUCAUGAUCGCCAUGGAAACUAAGGAUCUUUUGACAGCGAGGGUUAAUGGCCGGGGGGAGGGUGUGUGAAUGCU